GUAAGGACUCAAAGCAGUGAUGAAUUCGUUUUUUCACUCUGACUCAGAAGACAAAAGGCAAACAUUUUACGAGGCCUCUUUAAUUUUGUAACAGUGCGCACAGAAUGUAGGGGCGAACAUUAACAUGGCUUUCCCUCAAGUGUAUGUUCCAGUUAUAGGGGAGUUCUGCUUGGCUUCAUGGAACAUAAGUUGUUGAUCAUUAAACGUCAGUUGAAUUCAUUGACUGUGAAUUUAAAGGCCACGCAUUUUAAAAGAAGUCUCUGGGCAGGUUCUCACCACCAGCUGGAGAUGGUCUGUGCUCCUGGCUGAAGUUGCUAGACUGUCACUGCCGAGGCCAAGAGGGCGGGAGGCCGUAGGAGUGAGAAAUGACAGGUGCCCUCGGGAGCGCUUGGCUUCCCAGAAGUGAGUUUCUGGCUUUCCUAAACAGGAGCGCACUUGAGGAAAGGCUGCGGCCGGAGAGGGCACUGCUGGGCUCAUCGGAGUCGGCACCCUUCCUGUUUCAGGUGCGAGAGCCCAGCCUGACGUGCUUGGCGCUCGGCGAGGAUGUGAGGGGCCGAGGGGGCGGGGUGGAAGGACCGCCCAUCUGGCUGAGCCUAAGCCCUCUAACCCCACAGUCUCGGCUCCCGGAAGACCUACAUUUCUGACCUCUUUUCCUCGUUUUAUCUUAAUCACUCUGGAAGAGAACAGAGGCUCCCACGUCUGCCUCCUUAGAUGCUCCGUGGAUGAAUGGGUUGUCUGGGAGGCUCACACCUCUGCCCACAGCCGUGUCCCUGCAUCUCCCGUGCAGGUCCUCGCGCUGCUUUUGUCAGCCAUUCAGGGAUGUGCAGAGCCCCAGGGCUUCGCCCCUCUAGUAAAAGUGUUACAAUAGUGAACAGUCUUGCGUGGUUUGGCAUGUUUCAGCUACCAGGGGGGAGCUCCCUCCCCAAGUGAAAUUACAAGACCACAACUUUCACAUCAGAAGGGACCUCAGAGACAUUGCCCUUGACGCCCCCCGCCCACGUCCCGGUCCCCACAGCCCCUUCCUCCCAGACCACAGGUCAGAAGGGCUGGAGGUGGUAACCAUGGCAACCUGCGCACACGCAGGUCCCUGGGCUCCGUGGGGUCUUUCUGCAGGGCUGGGCCUCUGUGAGGGGUCCCAAGGUGACUGCAUGGAGGGGACCAGGGACUCCAGACCGAGCCUGCCUUUCACAUGGACCUUGGGGCAGAGCUGGGGCUCUUGAACCCUGGGUCCUGGAGAGGACGAGGACCAGGGAACAGCGGAGAGUCAGGGCCUGAACUUCAGCUGUGACAUUUCGAGUGCUGUCCUGGAAUCGCACCUGACGGCUGCGAGGAGAUGGUGAGAGGUCCCGAUGGCUGGUGUUGAGUCAGUCUUGGCCAGAGGACCCCGUGCCUCAGCUGCUCGUCUGCACGUCGGAUGGGUGAACGAGGUCACAUGGGGCUCACUGUUCUCCUAUCUUGUGGCUGCGUGGGGGUGGGGGGGGUGACAAAGCCGUGGCCCAGAGAACCAUGCCGUCAAAACCCUCUGGUCCUGUUUGGAGCCAGUGGCCUUGCUGAAAAAGCAUUUGGUUGUUUUCAAAAUCUCAUGAGGGCGACACUCUGCAGAUUUUUUCAGAGAACCCGUGAUACUAGCACUUGGCGUUCCAGCUCAGCCUGUGUAAUUACAGCGCAUAGUCACAGUCAUUUCAGGACGCAGGUAAUGCAGGGUAAUACACAAAGCACUGCUGUCAACCAGGCGGGACAGAGGAAACAGCGGGACAUUGAUCCUCAUCAUAAAACGUAGCAUCGUGGUGCCGCUCGACUACCCGUCGUCUCUGACUCCUCCUUUCUGAGGGGAAGAUGCCACAUUGUAACCAGGACGUAGCUUUCAGUUUCCAGGCCAACUGGCCGGGGUUUAGGUGGAGCAGCGGCUCGUUAACAGCUCAGCACAGGGGUGACGGGUACAGCGUGGGAAGGGCGCAAGGACCUAGAACGUCACCUGGACGCAGUGGCCUGCUGCUGAAAACAAGCACAACGCGGGAAAGUGGCAGAUGCACAGCGGCCUCCUGAACAUCACCCAGGUGUCUUUCUCGGACCGAGGUAAAUACACGUGUGUGGCCUCCAACGCCCACGGCUCCGCGAACAACUCGGUGACGCUGCGGGUCGUGUUCACGUCGGGGGACAUGGGUGUGUACUACAUGGUAGUGUGCCUCGUGGCCUUCGCUGUGGUCCUGGUCCUGAACGUCACCCGCCUCUGCAUGAUGAGCAGCCACCUGAAGAAGACGGAAAAGGCCAUCAACGAGUUCUUCCGCACAGAGGGCGCCGAGAAGCUGCAGAAGGCCUUCGAGAUCGCCAAGCGCAUCCCCAUCAUCACCUCGGCCAAGACGCUGGAGCUCGCCAAGGUCACCCAGUUCAAGACCAUGGAGUUCGCCCGCUACAUUGAGGAGCUGGCCCGCAGCGUGCCGCUGCCCCCACUGAUCAUGAACUGCAGGACCAUCAUGGAGGACAUCCUGGAGGUGGUGGGGCUGGAGGAACAGGGUCAGAACUUCGUGCGGCACGCACCCGAGGGCCAGGAGGCCGCCGACGGGGACGAGGUCUACACCAUCCCAGACUCCCCGAAGAGGAGCGACUCUCCCACUGGUGACUCAGACGCGUCGUCGCUGCCUGAGCACCCCCAGCAGAUCGCCAUCAAGGUGUCUGUCCACCCUCCGUCCAGGAGGGAGCACGCGGAUGCCCAUGAGGGCGCGCCAUUCCCGGCGGGAGAGGAGGAGGACACAGAGCCAUCGGCUGAGCGGUCCCCGGAGUCCGCCGAGCCCUCCACCGAUGUCACAUCCGCGGCGCUGACCUCUGAGGAGCCCACGCCGGUGGAGGUCUCAGACCGGGUCCUGCCGCCCCCUCUCCUGGAGGCCGCGGAGCCAGCCGGGGCGCAGGACAGAGAUGCCUGCGUUGUCUAUGAAAGCCAUGUCUAACAACCACUCCAGGAGCUGUGCACAUCUGGAGAAUCAGGGGCUGCUCCUCGCAGUACUGACCCAGUCCGCACUCGCCGCUAAGCCUUACAGGAGACACUCACUCCGCAGGUGGAGGAGGUGCCGUGUCACCGGGAGAGACACCUGUGUGCUGUUGGUGGUGGCUGGCACUUCCCCAGGAAAAGAGGAUGUGAGGGACCUCAGGGUGCAGAGUCGAGGACGUCUGUCCGCGUGAUCCAAGUCCAGAGGCUGUUCUCUGCCAAAUACCUUAAUCGGUGAUGCCCGUGUGGCAAAGAGUCCCCGGCUGUAAGAUGACCCGAGUUCAAGAGCCCCGUCCGAUGCACCCCGCGUGGCUUUUCCUUUGAGUGGUUCCAGGUCUGCUUCGAGAGCAGCUGCACGUCGUCCGUGGGUCUGUUGCACUUUCUUCUCGGUUUUCACUCCUGUCACGUCCCUUUAAAACAGAGUCGUUGUUCUGCGAAUGCUAACCGUCCCUCCCGUUCCGUCCUCUUUGCCACUUUGUCCUUACUUCCCCCCAGAACAUUUACCUCGGGGGCUUUGGUGUCAGGGCUGCCACCUGCAAGUCACCUGCGAUGUUCCAAAGCGGUUACCAGCCUUGUGAUUUCUGUCGGGUCCCCAGGCUGGUGUCAUAUGUCACCCUUUUUGUUUCCAAUGAAGCUGCUGUUGUGAAACUCAGAAAAAAAAAACAAAAAAACACCUUGCCCGAGAAUAGCACUUUAAUAGCCAGAUAGAAAUGUGUUUACCCGUCCGAUUCUGGGAGCCUUUUGGUGAGCUCAGCUGAGCUUGGAGGGAGACCGUGAGGCAGGGCACACCCCACCUGUCCGUGGGAAGCACCGUCUUUACGUUUUAGUCCCGUCAUCCCCACACGAGGCUGCUGCUUCCUCUGGAAACGUGUUGCUUCCAAAGACAGAGCCAUCCAAUGAGUCAGGUUAGAGCGGAGCCCCCGCGAGAGCUGGAGGGGACCGCGUGCCGUCGGGUGGCUCAGACACUUGAUUUGGGGCCUUAAGGGUGAGGUCUGUGGAGUCACGGAGCCAGGCCCCCUCUUGUGACACGGAGAGCAUUAGUCCGUCCUCGAAGGAGAGAGUGAAAGGUUAGCGUGAUAGCAUUGAAUCGCAUGCCAAAUUUCUCGAAGUAAGUUUUAGUCCCACAAGAAAGCAGUUGCACAUGAGGCAGAGAGACGUUGCAGGAGGGGGACAGAGCCGGUCGUCCGAAGGCCAGCGCCUCACCUGGCUAGGGGGCGACCACCACGGGGUUUGGGCGAGCAGGUCUCAGCUCCGUAUCUCUCAGAGGGACAGACCAGCCAGGCUCUGAGUGCCACCUAGAUGGUCUCACUGUCCCGCAGAACCAAACCAGUGAGGUCGCCCCGCUCUUCUCUGCAGUCGUGGUAAAGAUUUCCACUUCCGUGGUUCUCUUGAUGGUUCUUCUGCUGAAAAUUAGUAUUAAUGCGAAUAGAGAGUCGGUCUCAGAGGACUCUGAGCUCUCUCAGCAAGUUGUGGCUCUUCUCCCCCCAAAGUUGCCUCCCGUUCAGACGCAGCUGUGCUAAGAGCGAAGGGGCUUUAUUUCCAUUGGUGGGCGGGGGAGCCGUCGUUAGGGUCGCAGCCACACCGUGGGCCAUGGGCCUCGCUAACCGCGGAAGCGCAGCCCCGAUGUCCCGUCCUCACUCUCACUGUCCGGACAAGUGACCUUAGAUGCCUCCCUUGGUCUGAUCCCUCUCAUCUGCAUGACGCGGAGGUGGUACAUCGGGUUCAGAGAUCUUAUUUUAUGGAAGGUGUGUAACCACCCCCCCCCCCGAUGGCCCCUUGCCUGAGACAAGUAAUACUGGAAGCGAAAGUGGGCAGGUGAUGGGUGCCUAUGGGGUGGGUGCUUUUGCUGCGCAAACUUUACAGCCAAUGAAUUUAUCUGGCCCUGUAGCUGAGGGCAGAGGGCUUGGCUGGAGGGUCUUCUCUGUCUAUAGAAAACCGGUGUGGGAGGUGGGAGGUGAGCCGACAAGGCACAGACUUGGAUCAGAUACGUCCUGGCCUGGAAUGAUCUGCUGCCAUCUAGUUAGGAGUGUCUUGGGUGGUCACAUAAAAAGUUAGUGAACAACCAGGAGACUCCUGGAGUCCCGCUUCGGCUCUCUGGUCGAGGGUCUUCUGUAUUCGGGUGGCAGGAAAGCUGUAUCUCCAGCUCUAAGAGCAUAAUCAUUUUCCGCUUGUCCUGAUGUUGGCAGGUGCUGAUUUUGUGACACUGUAUGAGCUGCUUCCCACGGUGUCCAGUCUGCGCCACCGAAAUCCACGUAGUUACAGGAAAAGGUGUCUUUCCCAUCUAGACACUGACUAGGGGUAGAAAGUUUAAAAUAGGCAGAUUUUUUUAUGAAGCAGGAGCAGGAAUGUGUGACCAAAGAAUGUUUUCAGGUUGGUUUUAGCUUUUUUAGACUGGGGAGAUUAUGUAGAUUUUCAGCAUGCUCCCCAUCUCUGAGGCGUUGGAAAGCUCUUGACAGGGUGACAGCCAACCAAAGAGGAGGCUGGCUCCCAAUGCAGGUUCCUCCGUCCAGAGAGUCUCCGCUCUCCUCCCCUCCUGCGGUGUCCCUUCGGAGUGACAAAGGCUCUCCUGCUGGAACGUGGAAUUCCACGACCUCAUGACUUCCAGCUGAUUUUUCAAAGAUGAGUUAACCCCUUCCGCUUCAUGGAGAUUCAUGGACGUACGGCUGCAUGUGUGUGUCUGUGUCUGUACACGCACACAGACACACACACGCAUCAGACUCAUUCGGGCAGUUUUUAAGAGCUCAACUCUAAAUCCCAAGCCGUGUCCUUUGGGUUUUUCUGUCGUCAUUCUCAAAAGCCAACAGUUUCUGGCUUCUGAGUCAUCGGUCAUAUCUCUAGCGAUUUUUUUUUCUUGAAAUUCUGAAAAUGAUUCAGAUAUGUGUGCGUAUUUAAUUCACUGAGAUGAUCUGUAAACUUGGAUGGUAUUUAUUCUAAACGGGGAAAAAAGCAAUUUUAUACUGCAAAUCUAUGUAAUUUAUAAUGGUUUUGUUUUAUAUAUUAUAUUUUCAUAUCUUUAGGGCACAUCUACUAUUCUCAUCUUUUUGUACAUCAUACUUGACAGAAAAAAAAAAUACUAAUACUUGACGAAAUCUCUAGGAACCAAAUGUGAUAUACGUAAUGUGCAGAAGUCGCUCUGAAAACCCCUGCGUGUUCUCGCCCACCGAGCCUGCUGCGCCGUGUGACCCGUUACACCCGGAAGCAUUGGUCUCAGAGGCUGAUGAGCAUUUCUUGUUUCAAAGCCAAGGUCAGAGGGCCUGACAUCCCACGCACUGGAGUCCAGAAUCCUCCCUUCUUUUUUUUUUUUUUAACAUUGUUUUUACUGAGUUAUAGUCAUUUUAUAAUGUUGUGUCAAAUUCCAGUAUAGAGCACAGAAUCCUCCCUUCUUUGUCUCUUUAUUGUGUAUUUCAGUUUUUAAUUGCAGAAGGCCGUGUUGUUGAAGCUGCCCUUUCAAGGGCACACAUGAGGUAAGAAAGCACCUGGUGGAAGGGCUGACAUGAACUGCGGCUCCGUAACGCAUUCCCCGGGCUGAUGACGUUCUACGUCACGUGCUUGGAUUGUUAUUUUUUGGUGACCCGGGAUCUGUUCAGCUCUAGCAGGUGAAGGAAACGUGGGGCCCAAGGAAUAUUUGCGUGUUCUGAGCAGACAGCACAGACCAGCUCAGCCGGGCACAGCCAUCCCAGGCACUGGCGCUGCCGUGUCAGGAGAGCAGCCCCGACUCCGUGUGCUUGUAGGCGGGUGACAGGGCUGCACCAGGGUGAGGCCCCUGAGUGGCAGCCCCUGCGGUGCUGUGACCAGGGAUUUCCUCCAGCGUUUCCCUGGGGGAGAAAGUGGAGCAGUUACCGUAACGUUCAGAUGCUCCACAGUGCGGCGACCGUCCUGGACCUCUCCUCGCAAACCUUUUUGCAGUCCCUUAAGAUCAUGAUCCCUGUUUCUGUUCUUUUUAAACUAAUUCAUGGGUUCUCUUUAAGUAUCUACCGAGUCACAUCGUAUAUUCACACACAUAGUUUGAGCACCUGUUACCUUCAAGAAAUUAAGUCAUUUUUACGUUCACCGAUUCAUUUAAAAAUCUUUCAGUAGAUAACAAAUUUCACUUUCCUAAUGACUCUUAGGGUUCCUACAGUGAUUAAUAAGGUUUGGAUUAAGCAAAUCAGUGGUGGGGAAAAGAAUCAAAUAAAGCAGAAUUGCUCAUUAUGCUUUCCUGAGGACUGAGUGUUUGUUAUACAGGAAAACCUCGUAUGGAGGUGACCAGGAUCUUUAAUUGAGACUUUUUUUUUAGAGAUGUCAUUUCUAAGGAGGCUGAUGCUUAGAUGACUACAAUCAAAACUGAAGCUCGUAGAGAAAGUAAAAGCAGAAAGCAAAUAGUUCUCAGAAUAUUCCGGCGUGAAUUACUUUUAUCUCACUGGGAAUGUAAACCUUCCAGUGUCCCUCAGACACCCUGGAGCUGCCUGCAGCGAGUCGGGGUCACGGGAGGUGCUUGUUCCUGCGUCCCAUGUGCUGAACCUCUGGGUCUAGACAUCCUUUGUUAAAACCGGAAAACAAGACGGGAAAAUGUAUCUGGGCGGAAAUGUCAAACUGUUGAUUUGUGAAUUGUAACUUUUAAAAACUAAUUGAAACAUGUAAACCAAUGACUAAUAUUUAAGCUGAUCUAGCAGCAAAGGAAAAAAAACCCCUGAAAACCCACAUGACCCAUCCUGUAUUUUGAUUGUUGCUUUAAUAAAGGAUUUGCACUGGU